GUUUGAAUUUCUCGCCUGGGAAAAAUUUGAAAAUUUACGAUUUGUAAUUUUCUUAUGCAGCUCUUGCAAGCCAUAAAUGGUUUCCUGCAUACAUCUCUUGCAACUCACAGCCACUUUCUUGGUAUUCGCUAUUAUUUUGUGACUCCAAUUAGUGGCCGUGCUGGUCCCAUCCAGUGGGUAGACAAUAUAAUUAGUAUUUACAGCGUCUUUAAGUCUUGGCAAAGCCGCAUCCAACUAGCUCAUCUCUCAGCAGUGGGUGGUGGCAGUUCGAAAAGUCCGGUUCCUCCAGCUGUUCCCCGACCCAGUGAUAUGUUCUAUGGUAAAAUCAUACCAGCACUCAAAGAGAAAGGUAUAAGGAGAGUAAUUUCACGAAGAGACUGGCCUCAUGAGGUGAAGCGUAAAGUUCUUUUGGAACUUAUGAAGGAGAUUCCUAGACAGCUUCUUCAUCAAGAACUUUGGUGUGCUCGUGAAGGAUUCAAAGCCUUCAGUUCGAAACAGAAGAGGUUUUCUGGAAGUGUUUGUGCCAUGAGCAUGGUGGGCCACAUUCUUGGCCUUGGGGAUAGACACUUGGAUAAUAUUCUAAUGGAUUUUUGUAGUGGUGAUGUAGUCCAUAUUGAUUACAAUGUCUGUUUUGAUAAAGGGCAAAGACUGAAAAUUCCAGAAAUUGUUCCCUUCCGCCUUACACAGACCAUUGAAGCAGCAUUAGGGAUGAUGGGGAUAGAAGGUACCUUUAGGUCAAACUGUGAAGCAGUUAUUGGUGUUUUGAGGAAGAACAAAGACAUACUCUUGAUGUUACUGGAAAUGUUUGUUUGGGACCCGCUUGUGGAAUGGACACGGGGAGAUUUUCAUGAUGCUGCUGCAAUUGGUGGUGAAGAAAGGAAGGGCAUGGAGUUGGCUGUCAGUCUCAGUUUAUUUGCAUCUCGUGUACAGGAAAUUCGUGUUCCCUUACAGGAACAUCACGAUCUUUUAUUGGCUACUCUACCAGCUGUUGAAUCGGCUCUUGAGAUGGGUACAUGCUUUUCACUUUAUUUUGUUUCUUAUUUUUGUUCUGCCGACAUUUGUUAAUGACAUUUGGGAAAUGUUGACCACAGGUUUGUUGAUGUUCUAAACCAAUAUGAACAUUCAUCUGCACUCUUUUAUCGAGCUGAUCAAGAGAGGUCUAGCCUAAUUCUGCAUGAAACGUCUGCGAGAUCAAUGGUUGCUGAAGCCACUAGUAAUUCAGAGAAAAUUCGUGUAUUGUUUGAAAUUCAGGCUCGAGAAUUUGCUCAGGCAAAGGCCCUGGUUGCUGAGAAAUCUCAAGAGGCAGCAACCUGGAUGGAAACAACAUGGGAGCAUCCUUGAUGCUUUACGAGGCAAUUUACUUCAAGAAAUAAAUGCUUUUGUUGAGCUGAGUGGUAUGCAAGAAACAUUGUCUCUUACAUCUGCCGUUCUGGUGGCUGGGGUUCCGCUGACUAUUGUUCCUGAGCCUACACAAGCACAAUGCUAUGAUAUAGAUAGGGAAGUCUCUCAACUAGUAUCUGAACUGCAUGAUGGUCUCUCUUCUGCGAUAAAUGCACUUCAAGUAUAUUCUUUGGCUUUGCAAAGAAUUUUACCAUUAAAUUACAUUACAACGAGUGCAAUUCAUUGCUGGGCACAGGUUCUGCAACUAUCUGCCAGUGCUCUUUCCUCUGAUACCCUAUCUCUUGCUAGAAGACAGGGUGCUGAACUUAUUGCCAAACAACAUGGGGAGAAUUUUGAUUCUAUCACACUCAGUCAUGAUGAUCUGUGUCGUAAAGUAAAGAAGUAUGCCCUAGAGAUGGAGAAGCUUGAAGAGGAGUAUGCGGAGCUAGCGAACUCUGUUGGCUCAGAGACCGAAUCAAACGCUAAGGAUCGGCUCUGCUUUCAUGAAAUUCAUACAAUCAGCUGGUCUUGCAAAGAGAGAAGAUGCCAUUGUUUCCAUUCAAUUUGGGCAAUCUAAGAAUGAUGGAAAUGGGGCAAAGGAUUCUAGAUUGCGUGGGGAUCUGAAUGAAAAAAGGGAGAAAGUUUUAUUUGUUCUGAACACAGCAUCCAGUUAUAUGUACAAUGAGGUCAAACAUAAGGUGCUCGACAUAAUUAAUGAUUCAAAUAAACGUAGAAAUGCAAAUAACCAGUUACAGAUGGAAUUUGAAACUAUUUUCUGUGGAAUUGAGGAGCAAGCAGAGAAGUGUAUACUUCUAGCAGGGUUUGUUAAUGAACUGCAGCAACUGAUUGGUAGAGAUUUACCUAGUGAUGACACAGAUAAAGGCCGUCCAGGAUAUUAUUCUGAUGGAAAUUGGGCUUCCAUUUUUAAAACCAUUUUACAUUCCUUUAAGAGCUUGAUUGGGCAAAUGACUGAAGCUGUUCUUCCGGAUGUAAUAA